GAAGAUUUUUCUGAGCUCUUUCCGGCAGAAUCUAUUGUCUACCUUUGCGCUGAAGCGGCCGAUGAGUUGCCCGACCAGUUUCUCCCUCCGACUAGUGAUGGCGAGGCUGGGCCAAAAUUUACCUCCGAGGAUGUCUACGUCAUUGGCGGUUUGGUAGACCAUAACUCUCAAGUAGGAUUUUGUCACCGCCAG